UGUAUUCGAGUGCGCAAUGCUGCCUUUGGACUUGGUUCACUCCAUCUCUAUGGAGUAGCUUAAACACUUCCGCUGUGUAUCAGGUCCAGGCAGGCGAGUCGACGCAUAUAUGAUACAAGAGUAACUGGGCAACCUUCUCCCAAACUCCUUCUUGAACGCACACCGUUCUGAUCGCUAGCCACACCGACACCAUGCCCACUGAUCCUAAAUCUCAUCGCUUUCCCUCCUGGUUCAAGAAGACGCGGCACCCUUCUGAGUCUUCUGACGAUCGGUCACAGGUCUCAACCCCCCCUCCCUCCAACAACCAGAUCAUCGGGCCUGCCGCCGCAUAUGACAGAAGGAACGACAAACACCACCGCAGCCCCGCAGGACUGCAUUCUGGCACCCUUAAUACUACAGCGCCCACUCUUUUACUUCCUGGUGGCACCUUGCAGGAUCAUACCAUGCAGCAACGGACAUCGUCUCGAGACAGACUACUUGGGCUAUUCCGGAGGAGUCCCAGUCCUAACCCCGCUUCCAGUCGUCGCAACCAAUCAAGCGUAUCCCAACCCAAACAUUCUAUGCCGACUGCUCCCAUCCAGACAUUCACGGACGACUCACGGCCAUCGCUGUCCCCUCCUGCCGAAGUGAACCCACGAGUGAUGGACAACGCAAUUGCCACUGGUAACGAUGACCCGAGCAUCCACAUGCAGCAAGAACCUGGAUCGUCAGUCCCAGCUACUUCAUCGGUGCCAGCGGAAUCAGUACCUCGUAGAUCCGAUGGCGAUCUGAAGCAAACGAUCAUCGGCACCACCAAACUACUUCUCGAAACUGCGGCCGCCGGCCUCAAGUUCGCUCCCAUUGCUAAUCUUGAUCAGAUCCCAAACACGCUUUUGAGAUUUAUUCAAAUCUAUGAGAAUGUCAGUGGCAACACCGAGGAACUCAACCAGUUAUGCAUCGUGAUUCAGCAAGCACAAAAAUCGGUGGUUGAGCCCCUCCAGAAAUGGACUGGAGAAACUCCUCCUGAGCUAAAGACCCUAGUGCAGGAAUUCCGCGCCGAGUUGCAAACACAAGUAGAGAACAUUGAAUUAGUCCAGAAAAAGCAUGUUGUCAAGAGGACCAUUCAAGCGCCUGAUAUAACACAGCAAAUAACGAAUAUGAAGAGUUACCUAAACGAUUCUAUUCUUCGAUUCCAGGUUUGCAUGCUUGAGGAUUGUUUGAACGAUUAAAUCCUUAAUAAUCAUGUCCGCCAUAGCUAAGAAUAUCGACUUUAAUUCUGCUUCGUGCCGAGCACGCAUCAGUCCAAUCCGAAAUAUCGAAACUCA